AUGCCAAUACACAGCAAUGCUAAUAAUAGUGAAGAUAAAGUUUCAAAUGGAGAUCCAAUACUAACGUUUGAUGAAUGGAUGUUGUCAAACUCAGAAACUGAUUUAACCAAUACAAAGUUCAAUACCCAAGACAUUAAUAAUAAUGGCACUAUUGAUGAAAACCGUAUAAGAAAAACUCAAAGUAGUAAUAAUGUACCCAGUGGGAAUUUGAAGUCAGUAAAUGUUGUAGAUUCUUCUUCAUUUAAUUCUUCUUCUGGAUCAUGGUUUGAACCUUUAGAAAAUAUAUUAUCCCCAGACGUCUCGAGCAAUUCAUCUAAGAAUUCUACUCCAAAAGGGGUUAAAAAUGGGGAAAGCAACAGCAAUAAUAAUAAUUCAAAUAGAAUGUUCAAUAGAAUGAAUGCGAAUAGUUUCUAUCAAAAUUCAAAUAACUAUAACAAUAUUGAAGAAUUUGCUUCAUCGCUGAACAAUGAUCUUAAUCCUAGGAUAAAGAGAGAAAACGAACCCCAGCCAUUUUCUCCUGGGUUACCUGCAUUUCCAUUAGUUAACUACGAGAUUAGCCAAAAGUAUCUAGAAAAUAUGAACAAUCAUAACGAUAGCAAUAAUAACAAUAACAACAACGACAAUAAUAAUAUUCAACAAAUUUCUGCCAUUAGGGAGAAUACAGAGAAAAGAAAAUAUGCAAGAAAAAAAUUAACAGAUCAUCAGAAAGAAGCCCAUAAUAAAAUAGAAAAACGAUACCGUAAUAAUAUAAAUACAAAGAUAACGCAACUUCAACAAAUUAUUCCAUGGGUAGCAAGUGAACAAACAUCGUUUGUAGCUGAUGAGUACAAUGAAGAUAACGUAAGCCAGGAUAAUUUGAAUAAUAUUCAGUUUGCUCAAAUGAACGAUAUCACUGGAGGGGAAACACCAAGACUAAACAAAAGCAUGAUACUCGAAAAAGCAGUAGACUAUAUUCUUUAUUUACAAAACAAUGAAAGGCUAUAUGAACUUGAAGUUCAAAGAUUAAAAAUGGAGGUAGAUUCACUUAAAAGGAGAUUAAAUAAUAAUGCACAAUAA